AUGAAUGUACCAACAAGUUCAUAUCAACUUUUACCACAAACCGAAAAAAUCGAAGCAUCAACUACGAUCACGCUGCCUACCUAUUUGUUAACAUCGCCAGAGCUCAGAGAGAUAUGCAGGAGGUUAAGAGUAGAUCGAAGUGGUUCGAGAAUAGCUUGUCUUAUUCGAAUUGAUGCAAAAAUGGUCGAAUUAAGAGAAAUUGGUGUUGUACUCAGGGACGUAAAAUUUGCACAACGAGAGAUCGUGCCCAGGCACUUCCACUAUGUAAAGAAGAUUUGGUGGAGAAUAUCAUUUACAGAGUUAUCUGUGCACGAAGAAUUGUGCGAAAGUAUGAAGGAUGAAUCUUGGCAAUCGCUUUGGGAUCCAGAGGAUCGAUCUGAACUUUUACUUAAAAUCUUAUUAGCCUGUCCUAGAAUUACUGAUCUUGAUAUCGAUAUUGAUAUACCAAUGGAUCCCACAACCGAUAUCAAGCCACAUCCAGAAUUACAAGAAGCAUUGGGUGGACUAUCACAAUUUGAAUUACCUAGACUAAUCAGUUUGAAAACAUCUCAACAUUUAUCAAUCAAUUUUAUAAGAGCAUUUUAUACAUCAAGAAACCUUACCAAACUUUCUUUAGAUAAAGUCACCUAUGUGAAAUAUGACGACUUGGUGAAGUUAAUAGAGGAUCAAAUUUGGUCUAAUCUCCAAGAAUUUGAGAUCACACACCGAACAACAUCUAGGGAUCUACCUUCGGGUCAAAUUAAGGAAUUGAAGUUGAUGUGUCAAAGAAAUGGAAUCCAGAUGAAUGACACUCAUUGCUAUGAAGAAUACGAACAUCCUGAACCGCAAGAGGAAGAUAGUAUGGAUGAGUCAGAAGAAGAAUAUGGAGGAUUGUAUUGGGAAAUGUAG